AGAGGUCAUAGUUGAAAAUAGAUAUAUUAGACGCGGUGUCUAUAAGCAGGGCAGUAGAAGGAAAAGACCCUAUCAGAACGUCAUCAGCGCUUUGUGUUUUCUAGAUUGGUCCAGGCACAGCAUAACAGAUCAAGCCAGUAAGACCGUAGUUCCAUUCGGUGAUUCCUUGAUGACGCAAAAAUUGGCGCCGCGGCGGGGAGUUGUCCUCGUUACAUUGAUCGAAAUGGUCAGACGGAAGCGAAGCUUCCAAACCGACGAUCAGGAUCAGCAUCAGAGUAUCGCACAAUGUCUCUGCCUUUUUUCGACACAUGAAUCACAAUCAGGCUUCAAGAUGCGAGACCUUGGGCCCGCAAUUUCCGUUCUCGCAAUCCGGCGCUCUCCUAGUCGAUUAUUAGCCACCGGCCCUACCUCGCAGGAAAUAGGAGUGGGCUGCGCGUUCUAUCCUACUACAUUGAUGUCAAACCUAUCCCAACAUUACGACCAUGCUACUGAGCCUGCCAACAGUAAACGCUUCGUUCCAGCAACCACAUUGUCCGUUCGCAUCCUUCCUAAUCUGGAACUCGGAAUUUACGAUUGGUUAGAGAUGGGUCUAACUCUCGAAGAACUGACCUACAUAAUCAAUCACGCCUUUUUACCCAUGAAACUACCACACAAAUACGAACCCAGUAGUCCCUCAAAAGAUGCAACCCUAUUGGUGUACAUUGCACAAGUAGCCCAGUCUUUUCAGGAUACGCUGGGCAAAGAGACAAAGAGGUCAACAUUAAGGAGGUGGGAAAGUCUUAUAGGAAUGCUGGGGGACGUUGCGUUUCUUCACGGGCAGCAGUUUCUCAACAAGGAGGAAGUUGAAGCUAAUCUGCUCGAUAUGGCCACAGAUGUUCUCCCUCUAUACAUUGAAUCACAAAAUUCUGCAGUCAUCUUUCGCAAGAUUCGAGAGGAUCGCUUGACCUUUGAAUACUUUGAGGUCUCUUUACCUGCGGAAACAGUCAUGCAAGAAUGCAACAAGAUAGUCGUGCAAUACCCUGCAAAUCCCAGGCUAUUGAUGGCCACAACGGAUGACGUCCUGUCCACCGUGGCCAACGUAUUGUCAUACUUUAGCUCAAAUACGAUGGAAGAUGCGACUCCAAAGACCAAAAAGGGGGGAUUCAGGCACGAUGAGACUAGAGAUACCGCCAGCCCUCGGUAUAUCUCUGAGGCGUUGGCCGGAAUCAUCCGUGGCACCCAGCCUUGGGAGCCUUAUGACAUUCCCACCAAAUUCAUCACCAAACGCUUAGACGAUCAUGUUCUGUGGAAGUCUGCCGAAAAGCCAUGGAGACGCAGUCCCUUGUGGUUGGUCGUCCGUGUCUGCCUGCAGACCACCCUCGCAGAAUGGGGUUUGAAAGAUGGGAGCGGCUACAAGGCUUUCCAGGCCUUUCUGAUGGCAUCUAUACUCAAGGAUGCUGUGGCCUCUUAUCCUAUGUCUUUCACAUCCGAUCUCCUCUACUUUGCCAAUGCAAAGCUGGCUCGUCGACUAUUCAAGAUGGGCAAUUGUGUCAAUGACACUAGCAACAAGACAUUGCAAAAGGCGGUACAGACUGUGCAAGAAAUCUCUAAUGUACUAAAGCAACGGUGGGACCUCAUUACGAGACGAUGGGAAAAGCGAGUGCAAUGGGUCGCACCCGAUCCUAAAACAUUUAGCGGCUGCACCAACGUCUCUUUUGUGAACAGUCGCAACCACCUCCUCCAAGUAAUGGAUCGUCGAAAGACACUCGGCGAGGGAAAGAGUACCUUUGAUGCAGAGGAAAUGGAACGAAAACUCCACUCCACCUGUGUAGCGAGGAGAUUCUCUGAUCGCUAUCAACUACCAUUCAAGAUACCUCGAGAAGAGCUCGACAUGGCACUUUUCGACUUUGAGAGGUGGAUUGAACUUCACCUUCCAUUUUGGGUAGACUCCCCUUCUCGCUCCGAGCAUGAUUGUCUCCCUCUCUCCAAGCUCAUAUUUCAUUAUCGAAAUACUGCCUCUCCACACUAUAAUGGCAACCCAGAAGCUUUAUCCGUCAUGCAUCUAUGUAUAUUGGAACUUUGGGUUGCUCUAGACAAGCUAGUAGUGCGAUGGUGUGGAGUGCUUUUGGAAUACUCUCCAGAGAUUCCCGAAGAUAUCCUCGACCCACUUCUCUUACCUUACUUCGACCAAAUGAGACGACUCCAUCAAGUACAGGAGUAUCUUAAAGACCGGCAUAAGCACGCAGCAAAGUCUGGUAACAAAUCUGUCUUUAGCUCCCAUCAGUCUUUUGCAAAUCGGUUCUUCAACCUCUCCCUCGCUGCUCCUCUGAGGGCGCUCAAGACACGCAUCGAGGCAUGGGCUACCGAAAGAAGGACUCAACAGAGAAGAGAGCUAGAGUCCCUCAAUUCACAGUACAAGGAAUUGAUACAAGAAGCCAGAAGCCUAACUUGUGAUCAUGAAAUGGUUGAAGAUCGACAUAGAGGGAAGGCAGGUCGACGUAGAUAUCGCUGUGAUAGAUGCCGGCUCUAUGCAACUGCUAAAAAGCUUCGCAUCACACCGCUUGAGGAGCCACUUCCCAAGAAUCCCGAGCAGGCUAGGGCAAUCGUCUUUGAGCUUAAUUGUCCAAAGCCGUUUGCGAUCUGGAGAGAUACGGUCGUUUCUCUCCUGGAACAUGGCGCCACGAACCAGGAAGCUGCCCAAGAACUCCAUCCUUUAUCUAAAUAUGACCCCCUUCGUGAAUUUUUUGAGGAGGCCUAUCCAGGACAACGAGUCAGGAUGGCUUCCUCUGCGAAGUCUGUCUCCGCUUCCCAUUACGGAAAUCCCCUCUCCUUACCCAAAUCCCAUGCUCAAGUUAUCCUCAAUUGUGCCGGCAAAUUUUCGUUAUUUCUCUCUGGUUCAGGCCAGAACAGGUGGAUAAAGAAGCUCUCGCAGCCCAACUUGAAUAAGGAAU